AAAAGAUUGAUUGAUUAAUAUUCAAUCAUAAAUUAUAAUUUAAUAUUAAAACUAAAAUAACUAAAUAUAUAAGUCAUAUUAGCUAAGAACAUAAAAAUUAUUUUUAUAGAGAAUCCAUUCUAGAAUUUGUUAAUGAAAUCUUAAAUGAAUGCUCCUUAGAAUCAAGAGAAUAAGGAAAAAGAAGAAAUUAAUAAUUAUGAUGAGUUCAAGCAAAUAAAGAGGAGUGGUAUAUAAAGAAGAUAAAAGCUCUCAUAAAUUAAAUAAAGUGGGUUACCAAACUCCAUAGCUUAUUAAUCUUAAGUUUUAAUGAAUUAUUAGAAAGAGAAUGAACAAAAAGAAGAAAAAUUGAUAAUGAACCAACAACAGAAUAGCGCUAAAAAUAAAUCAUAAUUAGAAUCAGUUUUUUAAAUAGAUAAUGCCCCUGUAAAUUUUGAAACUAUUUAGCAAGAGUUAUUAAAUAUAUCAGCAACAAAUAAAUCUUCUACUAUAACUGAAAGAAAAUUCAAGUAGCCAGGAAUUAUCAUUUUAGAUAAAUAGUUAUUGGACAAAGCAACUCCGUUAAUUUAAUAGUAUGUAGGCAUAAAUUUGGAAACAUCAGACCCUACUUUAAAUGAAUAAGUUUAGAAACAAAUAAAAUAAUAUUAAGAAUCUCUGGAUGAGCAAUUACAAUUGUCUGAAAACAUUUAUUCUAAAGUUAAGAAAAACGAUUAAAUUUAAAACAGAAACAAUAGUUUUUUGAACCAAAAGUAAGACGAUGCUCUAGUAAAUAAAAGCAAUGAAAAUAAAUAUUAGGAAUAAAGUGAAACUUAAAACAAUAGCAGUUCAUUGAUAACUCCUUAUUAAAAUUUUUUCUCAAGAUAAGAAGAAGAUAUCCGUCAGAAAUUAAUGGAUAAAUUCCUUGAAAAGAAUUCUGUUAAGUAGCCAGAAAGAGAAUAAGACAUGAAUUUUUAUUAGGAUAUUUUGGAAGAUUAAAAAUAGGACACUAAAAGAAAAGCAGACCCUUUAGCAAAAAAUUUUGAUUUUUUCUAAUUGAAUCAAAAUAAGUCAUAGAAGUAGAAUCAAGUAGUCAAUAAGUGGAAACCAAUCAAAAAUUUUAAUAAUCAAGACUCCUAAAUAGAUUAAUUUAUCUAAUCUGACUACUCAGAAGCAUUUAUUGAUAAAAUUAAGGAUUUACCUGAUUAAAUGAUGAAAGAAGAGGAUCAAAAUAUUUUUAUACCUACUACUGCUUUUAAAAAUAAUAUAGAUGGUUUACUGUUACCCCAGAUGUAUCAGGGAAACAGUUUAAAGCUUCCUAAAUAAUUAUAAAAAGAUCAUUAUGAAACAUUUUUAGGAGGGCGCAUUAAUUAUUCAAGCCCACAGCAAAAGCUUUAAAAUGAAAUGAUUUUCAAUUAAAUCUCUCCUUUAGCAAGAGAAGCUGCAAGAAACAUAAGUUAUUCGAUAGAGGACUAAUUCGUAUCAGGGAAUAAAUAACACAAUUUUGUUACUCCUAAACCAAAAAAUUUAAUUCUAUUGAGUGAAGAUCCAUAAUUUUCACCAGAGGAGAUUAAUUUUGAAACCAUUCUUAAUAUCGUAGGAGAUGGCAUAAGUCCAGACUAAUUAAGCAAAUUAGCAGCUCAGUAAGAAGCUUCUACAAUAAAAAAAGAGGGCUAAAAUAAUUUUUAAUAGAAUGAUACAACCUAAUAUGGGACAUAAGUUAAAAACAAUACAAGCAUAGAAAUUGCAAAUUUCAAGAACGUGCUGCAUCAAAGCAACCAAAAUAUAACUAACUAGAAUACAAAUAAUCUUAAUUAUAGUUUAAGUAGUAGGAACAACCAAACAAAUUACUAUGAUGAAUAACACAUAUAAGAUAUUUCAAAUAAUCCAACUUAUCAAAACGGAAGAAAUCAAAUUCAAAAAGAAAAAACUGAAAAGUAAAUGUCUGAUCAAAGCGUUUAAUAUGAUCCUAGUAUAAAUGACAUAAAUUAUAACUAAACAAAUGGUAGUAACAAUAAAUAUAGUGAAAUUUUAGAUCAAGAAAUUACUGAUUUUAAAAUAGAAAAUCUAAAAUAACAAAAGUAAUAGCAAUAGUAAUAGCAAUUGCAAUAAAUAUAGCCUCAGUAGCAAUAUACCCAGCAACAAUAGUAAAAUCUUAACUAAAAUAAAAGACCAAGUAUUAAUAGUGAUCACAGCUAAGAAGUUUAAAAAAUGGAAAUUCAGUAAGUUUUAAAUGAUAUAAAGUAGCUUUAAAAUUAAAGAAAGAAUACUAACUUAUCUUAAAUUGAACAUGAGAAUUUAGUUGUGAUUUUAAAAGGAAGACUCAAUGAUUUAAUUGAGUUUGUUAAAUACGAUAAUGAAGGAAAUGAUAUCUUUGGAGAUGUUACUACUUAAGAGUUUUUUGAUGAUUUUCCUUAAAAUGUAGAGAAAAUCAAAUAUUAGACAGUUUGUGGUUUUUAAAAAUUAAGACUUUUAUACACUUAUUUUGAGAAUUUCUUGCCUCUCCUAGAAGAAAAUAUGAGCUAAUAAUAUGAUCAUCAUCAAAGUAAAAGCUCUCCAGAGGUCUUAAUGAAUAAUGACUACAGUAGUCAAGCUUAAAAUAAAACUAUCCCAAAAACAAAUAGAAAUGUAAAUCAGUAAAAUAGAAAUGUAAAUUAGUAAAAUAGAAAUGAAAAUAAUUAUUAAAAUUAAAGCAGAUCUCCUUACAAUAAGAAUAAUAAUAACCAAACACUAUCACCUAAUAAUAGAUUUCAAAAUAAUUAGCAAUAAAAUAGAGUAUUAGCUGGAAAACCUAAAUAAAAUUAGGUAAAUUAGCUACAAUUGUAGACAACUAAGUAGCAAUUUAAUAAAGAAUAAAGAAAUGCCGAAUUAGCUAUGUAAAUGAAAACUGCAAGAAGUAAUAAUGGAUUAGAUAAAACAACAAUAAGUAAUAACAAUAAAUCAUACUCUAUUAAUUAAACCACCCAAAUGUAUUCUCCUGUUUCUAAAUAAUCUAGUUAAUCUAUUAAAUACAAAGCUGGCAGCUUUUCUAACAAAACAUUUACUAAUAUCCAAAGCCCAAGUAAUUCUUAUUUAGCAAAGAAAAAUGUAACACCAAAUAAGAACUUGAGUAGUAAUAACAUAAAUAGAAACUUAAAAAACACAACUAACACAUAAUAAUAAAAUCGCAGCCUUUCAAACAAAAAGACUUAAGGCUAUUUAAAUAGUGCUAGAACAGCUACCAACUUAAAAUAAAACAGACAAGAAGGUGUGUAGCAAUAAAAAAGGCAAACAAAAUUAAAUAAAUCAGAAGAUUUUUCAUAAAGAUAGUUUUUUAACAAUAAUUUAAACAACAACAACAACUACAAUAAUAAUAACUAUGACCAAAAUUUUGAUUAUUAGGAUAAUUAUGGGAAUUAGUUUAUGUAUAAUCAGUAACAAAAAAUGAUGAUGAUGAAUAAUCAUUUUAACAACUAUGAUAACUAUUCAUAUGAGGAAAAUUGA